CUAUAGAUCUCGGUCUGGCCAUCCAUCAACACAUCCACUUUCUUUCUUUUUUUAAAUUCCUUUGGUGGAAUAAAGACACAGAGGUAAUACACUGACCUCAUCAACAGACAAGGAGAAUGGGAUCCUGUGUGUCUAUGCCAGAGAGAAGAAUUGUGCUUUUAGGAAGGAAAGGUGAUGGAAAAAGCAGUGCCGGGAAUGCAAUUCUUGGAGAAAAAGUAUUCACCCCUAAAGUUUCGGGUGAUUCAGUAAAAGCUAUAUGUGAAAUAAGAAAGAAGAGCCGAUAUGGAAACAAGAUCACAGUUAUCGAAACACCUGGAUUCUUUGACACAGAUCAUGAUGAUAAGGAGAUGAAAUCUGAGAUCAUCAAAGCUAUGGUUGAAUGUGCUCAAGGUGUUGAUGCCUUUGUGAUCGUUCUAAAGGUCGGAGAGUACACAAGCCAAGAAAUGAAGGUGCUACAGCAAUGUCUGAAAACACUGAAAGAGGAUGCGUUUGACCACACAGUGAUCUUAUUCACUUUUGGUGAGCAACUAGAAGACCAGACCAUUGAAGAGUUUCUGAAGGCCAAUUCACAGCUUCAGAAGCUGGUUGAUAAAUGUGGAGGUCGCUGUCAAGUCAUCGACAACAAACACUGGAAAAAACGUAAACGGGGGAACAAGAGCAACAAAGUACAGGUGAAAAAUCUGCUGGAAACUGUUGCCAAGAUGAGACAAAAGAAUGGCUGCUUCACCAAUGAGCUUUUUCAAAAGAUAGAGAAACAAAUUCAAGAAGAGAUUGGAAAAAUGGGAGGGGAAAAUUUGCCUCCAGAAGAGAAACAAGAAAAAGCCAAGAAAAAUGUUCAGGAAAAAAUACUGGAGAAGGCUGCAGGAAUGACAACAGAAUUGCUGUUUGGUGCUCUUCUGGGCGUAUGUGGUGCAGUGGCUAUCAUUCUGGCUUUCUUACAAACGACCUUCCCUUCAAGAGAAUUACAAAAUGUAGCCUCAACUGUUGUAAGAGCUGUUGGAGGAGCUGUUGGAGGAGCUGUAGUUGGAGCUUUUGGAGGAGCUGUUGUAGGAGCUGUUGGAGGAGCUGUUGCAGGAGCUGUUGGAGGAGCAAGAGAAGCAGAGACAGGAGUAACAGAUCCUGAGGAAGCAGCAAUGAAAACAGGAGAAAAAGCAGGAGGAACAUCAACAGAAACAGGAGAAAAAUCAGGAGAAGGAGGAGCGGGUGUUCUUGGAGUUGCAGCUUUUGCAGGAGCUGUUGGAGAAAGAGUCAGUGGAUGGAAUGCAGGCGAGUCAGUGAAUGCGGUGAUCGAGGCAGCACAGCUUAACUACGAGAAAGCAACAGCUGUGGCUGAGAACAUACAACAAUAUGUUGGAAAUCUUUUCAAUAAUAGAGCAAAAACAGAAGAUUAAAAAUAAUUGUAACUCUAUUCAGUGACCGGUUUAGAACAAUCAGCUAUAUUAAUGAUUGGGCACGUUAACAGUUGUGACUAUUCUGAGUCAUUUAUACUUGUUUUUAAAAUCAUGAAAUGUUUGAUUCUUUAUUCUAAGCUGGCUAUUAUUUCUGUGACCACAGAAGAGAAAAAGUUUCAUGUACAAUUGCAUUUGACAUUAUACGAGCUGUAUUAUUAUAUUUCUAAAGAAUUCUAAAUACCUUUUUGUAAUGCAUACUUGAAUAAUUGAAUAGUUUCCAAGUGUACAUUUGGCAUGUAGAUAUGGGCUGGAUUAAAGUAGUGCACCUCUUAAACAAUGUGCACGAUAAAUGAUAAUAAAAUGCCUUUAAAAUAAUCCAAUAUGCACUCUGUACAACUAUAGUUUCAGUUAAAGCAUAGCUUGUUGCAGUUGAAGGAUUCACACCUUUGUAACUGUUGUUAUUUGCAUUGCAUUGGCCACAUAUACACCACAAAGACCAGGAGUGAAGCAGGAGCCAAUCCAUCAAUUUAUCUGUUUGUGUACAGGAAACACUUGUAAUACCCAAAUUCUUAAACCCGUUGUAAAGCAAGUGGAUUGACAGUGUGUACAUGGUUAAAUCCUCUUCUCUGUGUAGGUAAGAUAAUACAUGAUUUAGUGAUGUUUCUGC